CUGUUUACUCAUUUGUGCGUCGGUUAACUUUUCUCUCCAAUUUGCAAGCUAAAUAAAGUGCAAUAAAAUAAAUAAAAAAUAUAAUAAUUCAGUGCGUUAAAUAAUAUAAAAUUUAUACAAAAUAGUGAGCAAGAGAGAAACGAAACAGUUUACCGAUUUAUGUUUAUGUGAAUAAACGGGCGCGUGUGUGUGUGUUGAGUGAAAAGAAAAAGAAAUUCCAACAAUGCGCAACUCAAUACCAAUACACACUCACUCACACAUACACACACAACACGCUGGCUAAAAAAAAAAAAUUUCUUUAUGACCAAAGAGCAACAGCACAACCAACAACAACCAUAACAAAAAAGGGCAAAGAGAGUUAACGCAGCAGCAGCAGCAUCAUCAAUAACAACAAGAACAAAAAAUCAUUCUUAGUCCUCAUUAAGGUCUAAAGUUCAGUUUGUAAGCACACACACACACACACUCAGACAUAUCAACUGGAAGGGGGGCUGACAUGCCGUAGCUUCGCCUAAUGGAUCCCUAUCAUCAUAUCAGACAUCAUCAAUAUCCACCCACAAAUACAGCCAGUGCUGGGACUGGCGGCGGUUCAACAAUCAAUCGACCGGAAUUACAUCAAAAAUGCAAUCGUGGUUCACAUUCAAGUGAUACAAGUUCAGCAUACAGCGGCAGCGAUACAAUGGCCUCUGUUUACGGCUCUUCCCUGGAGGCCGAAGAGAUUGAUCUCUCCGGCCUUGUCGAAUCGGUAGUCGAUUCCGAUGAGGAGGAUCUUGCUGAGAGUAUGGAUAGUCUUAAUGUGCGUGAUGCAGUGCGUGAUUGUCUGGAAAAGGAUCCCUCCGAGCGCAGCGAAGACGAUGUGGAAAUUCUCUUGGAGUUUACUCAAGGCCUGAAGGCCUUCACAAACAUAACGUUGGCAGUAAGGCGAGCUCUUUGCUCGGUUAUGGUCUUCGCUGUGGUCGACAAAGCCGGCACAGUGGUCAUGUCCGAUGGCGAAGAGUUGGACUCGUGGUCAGUACUGAUUAAUGGAGCUGUCGAAAUUGAGCAUGCCAACGGUUCGAGAGAAGAACUGCAAAUGGGCGAUUCAUUUGGCAUAUUGCCCACCAUGGAUAAGCUAUAUCAUCGUGGAGUGAUGCGUACGAAAUGUGAUGAUUGUCAAUUUGUGUGCAUAACCCAAACGGAUUACUAUCGCAUCCAGCAUCAGGGUGAGGAGAAUACACGGCGGCAUGAGGAUGAUCAGGGUAGAAUUGUUAUGGUCACCGAAUUGCGUUCGAUUGGCGGCAGUGGGACGGAAAGUGGAGCUACAGCUGGAUCUGUCGGAGCCGGAGGAGGAGGAUCUGGUGCCAGUGCUGCGGCUAUAUCAGCUGCCUCGCUCAAUACAAAGCGCGGACAUGUUGUGAUUCGUGGAACACCGGACAGAUUACUGCAACAGCUGGUCGAGGAGAAUUCCAUGACGGAUCCCACUUAUGUGGAGGAUUUCCUGCUAACCCAUCGCAUCUUUAUAAGCAAUCCGCAAGAGGUGACUAGCAAGCUAUUGCAUUGGUUCGAUCUCGAGCAAGUGGAUUCGCACAAGAGUCAAGAGCUAAGAGAUCGUGUCACACGAGUUGUGCUCCUUUGGGUGAAUAAUCAUUUCACCGAUUUUGAAGCGGAUCAUGAAAUGAUGGAGUUUCUGGAGAUCUUCGAAGCUGGAUUGGAACGCAAAAAGCUGCUCAGUCAAUUGAGAUUACUUCAUAUAGCUUGUGCGGCCAAGGCAAGAAUGCGUAGCUGUACUCUAACCCGAUCCUCUCGUGAUGAGGCAUUAAAUUUCCAAAUAAUUGGAGGCUAUGAAUUGAGAGGCGUGGCAGCGGCCACAGGAAAUGCUUCGGUUGGCAUUUAUAUAUCCCAUGUGGAGCCCAAUUCAAAGGCCCAAGAUGUGGGACUAAAGCGUGGCGAUCAAAUCCAUGAGGUGAAUGGUCAAUCCUUGGAUCAUGUGACCAGUAAACGGGCCAUGGAAAUUCUAACUGGCACCACUCACUUGAGUAUCAAUGUGAAAAGCAACCUAUUGGGUUUCAAGGAGAUAAUGCAGGCCAUCGAACAUGGCAAUGGCAGUAAUGGCGGAGCCGGCGGUCCGGGAGGCAUUUCCUCGAGCAGCGGCAGCUUCAAAUCCUUGCGUAGUCCGCGACGUAUUUGUGCGAAUGAUAUAGCCAAAUUGCAUGGACGUUCUGAUAGUACGACUGAUGAAUUAACCAAUGCCACAAAUCGUGCCCAUAUGGUACGUUUAAGUUCCGUGGAUAUGCUACUAACAGAUCAACCAGAUUGCGCCCCGCCACAGACACCGCCAGUGGUCAGUGGUGGAGGAGGAGGCGGAAGUAUGGCCUCCAAUUUUAUGCAACAAUUGCUGCAAAGUGUCAAUACGAAUUCAGCCAAAAAGGGGGGCGGCUCCUCCAAUUCAUCGGGUGGUGACCAGCAGGAUACAAAGGGUGGCGGCUUUAUGACUUUAGCUCCAAAGAGAAGACUAAAGAACGCCUUGGCCAAGAUCAAUCUACUGAAUAAGCAGCAUCAUGUGGGCAGCCUAAAUGACUCCUCCGAUGCCUUGUUGAAUGAACCCAAAACCAAAUUAUCAAAUGCCAGUUCAGGCAGCAGUUCAACGCAAUCUUCUAUCAAUGGUUGUGCCACGGGUAUAAGCUCCUCUUCCCGACUCUAUCAAUCGCAAUCGAAUCCGGAUUUAACAAGCCUAAACUAUGAUAAUAACGAGGGAGGAGGAGGCGGCGGUGGGGGAUCUGCUACUGCGACAGGUGGCAUACAAUUGCAAGUCAACUAUUUGGGUGCCCAUCUUCAUCGACCGUCGGCUGCAUCCACAUUGACCACGAAUUCCACCCAAUCCCACCUGCUGCCCGAUUAUCCGGAGCAUGUCCUGAAAGUCUACAAGGCGGAUCAGACCUGCAAAUAUGUAUUGAUCUACAAGGAGACAACAGCUCAUGAGGUUGUCAUGUUGACAUUGCAGGAAUUCGGCAUUCAUGAUCCCAGCUCGAAUUUCUCACUCUGCGAGGUGAGUGUGGGCGAGGGUGGCAUGGUGAAGCAGCGACGUCUGCCCGAUCAAUUGCAAAAUCUAGCGGAACGCAUUAGUUUUGCAGCCCGGUAUUAUCUGAAACUGAAUGAUAGUACUGAACCUUUGGUCCCCGAUGAAUUGGCCUUGGAAUUGGUACGCGAAUCUGGUGUCUAUUUCUUGCAAUUGAAUGCCUAUGAAUUGGCCAUACAAUUGACUCUGCAGGAUUUCUCGAAUUUCCGACAAAUCGAAUCAACCGAGUAUAUCGAUGAACUCUUUGAGCUGCAAUCGAAAUAUGGUGUGCCAAUGCUGAGCAAAUUCUCCGAGCUGGUCAAUCGUGAAAUGUUUUGGGUGGUCAGUGAAAUCUGUGCCGAACACAAUAUCGUGCGACGCAUGAAGAUUGUGAAGCAAUUCAUUAAGAUUGCUCGUCAUUGCAAAGAGUGUCGCAACUUCAAUUCAAUGUUUGCCAUCAUUUCGGGCCUGGGACAUGGUGCUGUGUCCAGGUUACGUCUCACAUGGGAGAAAUUGCCAUCGAAAUAUCAGCGUUUGUUCAAUGAUCUGCAAGAUCUAAUGGAUCCAUCGCGCAAUAUGAGCAAAUAUCGUCAAUUGGUAUCCGCCGAACUUUUGGCCCAGCAUCCCAUCAUCCCGUUCUAUCCGAUUGUGAAAAAGGAUUUGACUUUUAUACAUUUGGGCAAUGAUACUCGAAUCGAUGGCUUGAUUAAUUUCGAGAAAUUGCGUAUGCUUUCGAAGGAAGUUCGUCUGCUGACGCAUAUGUGCAGUUCCCCGUACGAUUUGUUGGCCAUUCUGGAGCUCAAAGGGCAAUCGCCAUCGAAUGCUCUAUUCUCGCUGAAUCAAAUGUCCUCAUCGCAAUCGAAUGCCGCCGCUGGCUCUGUCAUUGCGGCCAAUGCAGGACAGGCCACCAUUAAGAGAAGGAAAAAGUCGACAGCUGCCCCCAAUCCCAAGAAAAUGUUUGAAGAGGCUCAAAUGGUGCGACGCGUCAAGGCUUACUUGAAUAGCCUGAAAAUUCUGAGCGAUGAGGAUCUACUGCAUAAACUCUCACUGGAAUGUGAACCAGCCCACGGCUCAACCUAUUCGGGCAGCAUAUCACACGGGAAUACCUCCCAUCGCAGUGGUGGCGGAGGCAGUUCCUCUGGCAUUGGCGGCAGCGGUGGCAGUGCCAGCGGUGCCGGUGGCAAUAGUCUCAAUGCCGGCGAUCAAUUAAGCAUCUAUUCCCACACCUCAUCCAGCUCGGCGCCAAAUUCUUCCCUGUCGCUGCGAAAACGUCAUCCCAGCUCACCCACCUUAUCGACCACGAGUUCAACUAGCUCGACCAGCGAUCAUCAGCGACGGCAAUUGCAUAACAAUGGCCCCAAAUUCGGCACCGCCUCACCCCAAGCUGUUAAGAAGAUGCUAUCCCUUUCGGAGUCCUCCAAAAUACGACCACAUCAGCCAUUCAUGCCACGACAUGGCUCCACUGGCAUGCCAGGCGUCAUACCGCCUCUGCAUCAUAUGCAUGCGGCUCAUGGUUUCAGCACGCCAGCAGCAAGUGGCAAUGGCGUACCCGUUGCCGGUGCCGGAGCUGUGGCAGCAGCUGCCACCGCCGGUGUGGCCAAUUCGCAAUGCACACCAAGUCCUAGUCCCUGUUCACAUCGUCGUCUGGCAUCGGGAGGCAACAUAAUGCCCUCCCGUGCCAUACACGAGCGAUCGCACUCGGAUACACCAGCUCCGCCGCCGCCACUACCAUCCGUUGAUCUCUCUCUGGAGAGCAGUAGUGUGACUACAUUUCGUGAUUUACCCUUGCGCAAAUCCGUGACUUCCGGUUCCGUUUCAUCGUGUGACAGUGGACAUGGCUCCUAUGCCCAUCAUCAGCAGCAGCUGCAUCAUCAUUUGCAAUAUCAACAACAACAACAACAGCAACAACAACAACAACAACAUAACAAUGAACCAUCACCACCAGUUUAUACAGCAGCAGAUUGUCGACUUUUACAACAGAUUUCCAAUAAUGCAGUUACACGCAAUUUAAAUAGUCCAUGUCAUAGCACAAAUACACCACCAAGCACACCCACACCACCACCACCACCAGCAAUAACAACAACAACAACAGCAACCAUACAGCUUUCUGCACCGCCACCGCCAGCUACAUAUUUGCAUAUGCGCAGUCAACAACAACAACAACAACAACAGCAGCAACAACAACAAUCUCUGGUCAUGCCUCCACCACCGCCACCGCCUUAUAAUGUGCCACCAUUGGCCAGUCUAUAUAAUCAUCAUCAUAGCAAUUCUGGAAAUAGGCAUCUCAAUCACCAUCAUGGUGGACCGCCAAAUUUUAUGGAUAGCACCAAGUGCCCCAUGCCACCCAUGAAUCAAUAAGACCCAGAAAAUUAAAAACAAAAUCAAACUGUGCUGUUUUAACUACUAAAUGUUAAUUUAAUUAGUUCAUUAUAUAGAUGCCAAAAUUUGUUAAUGGUUGUGGUUUCGAUAUCAUCAGCAAAGGAUCACACUCACACACACACACACACACGCCAAUCCACCCGUACAUUCAUCCAUCCACCCAUUGAUUGAGGUUCAGUAGAAACUGGAGAAACAAUAUAUAUAUACCGAUAUAUGUACAUAUGUAUAUAUAUAUCGAUAUAUCGAUGAUAAAUCCCCACAAUUGUGUCACGUAUAUUCUAGAUGUUAAGUGUCUUAAAAUUUUAGUUUUAAAUCCCUUACAACCCUUUAUUUUCAUUCUCACCUUGUCUCUAUAUAUAUUAUAUAUGUAUAUUGUAUAUGUAUAAUG